UGGACGCGCACGCUAGGAGUUAGGUGGGCGGGGUGUCGACAGGUAAGCAGAGGAAAACGGGACGACACCUCGUCCUUCGGUUGGAGCAGCACCGCCCGGUUUCCUCUCGGGUUCACCCGCUGCUCCUGCGCUCGCUGCCGGACUCCUACGCUGUUUACCUCGGCAGAAGAAAUGUCGGAGGCAAAAACGGACAACGAGCUGUUCGAGAGUGUGCGGGAGGCGGUGGGUCGGAGGGUGAAGCUGACCCUGAGGCGCAUCGUCCAGCUGGAGGUCAAAGGUGACAAGGUGGAGAGCAGAGUGCUGGCCUUGGCACUGCAUCGAGCCUACCUCCUGACAGCACGGGUCCCAUCCAAGGUUGAACAGUCCUUCAGCUACCUGGAUAUUCAGGGAAUCAGCAGCAGCAAGCCCACUCAGUUGGUGUUGGAGCAUGAGCGCGGUCCGUGGAGCCUCCGGCUGGGCUCAGUGGAGGAAGCGGAUGAGGUGAUCGCGCACAUUGGCAGCUGUCUGCAACGCAUCUGCCCCGCUGCCUCACCUGUGAAGGUGAUGAGGAAGCUGAGUUUGAAGCCUCCCGAGAGGACGGCGGCUCUCCGGGCCACCUGGGACGACCAGGGAUCGGCCGACCUGGGGCCCUGUGGGGGUUUCUCCCAUCAGUACUGGUGUGUGUGUGAUUACCUGGGUCUGCCGUACAGGGAGGAGGUCCAGUGGGACGUGGACACCAUCUAUCUCACUCAGGACACCAGAGAGCUCAACCUGCAGGACUUUAUUCACCUGGAGAACAGGGAUCUGGUGGCGAUCAUUGCAGCUCUAGAGUACAACCAGUGGUUCACCAAACUCUCCGCUAAAGACUACAAACUGUCGGCAGACGUGUGCGACCAGAUCCUGAGAGUGGUGGCUCGAUCCGGCCGCCUGGAGGAGCUGGUGCUGGACAACGCUGGGCUCAGAAGUGAUUUUGCUCAGAAACUGGCCAGCGCUCUGUUGCAAAACCCCGCCUCCACGCUACACACACUCAACCUGAGCAACAACUCACUAGAGGACAAAGGUGCUGCCGCCUUGAGCGCUCAGCUCGCCAAACUGCCCAUGGGCCUGAAGCACCUGAACCUCUCCAAGACCUCCAUGUAUCCUAAAGGUGUGAACAACCUCUGUCAGGCUCUCUGUGCCAACCCGGUCAUCGCCUCCACUCUCACACACCUCGACCUGUCGGGAAACUCGCUCAGAGGCGACGACCUACCGCACCUGCACAGCUUCCUGAGUCACUCUAACUGUCUGGAGACCCUGGAUCUGUCCAGCAGCGACUGCUCUCUGGAACAGGUGUGUGCGUCUUUGCUCAGAGGAUCUGUGAAGCAUCUUUCUGUCCUCAACAUGUCCAAGAAUGUCUUCUCUCACAGGAAGUGUAAAGAAAUCCCUUCAUCCUUCAAGCAGUUCUUCAGCUCUGCUCAGGCUCUGAGCUCAGUCAGUCUGUCAGGAACCCGGCUGCCCCUGGAGGCUCUGAAGGCUUUGCUGUUGGGGCUCGGCUGCAACCCAAACCUCAGUGACGUGUCUCUGGACCUCAGCUGCUGUGAGUUGCGUUCAGGAGGCUCCCAGAUCCUGGAGGGUUGUAUCGCUGAAAUCCCCAACAUCUCCAGUCUGGACAUUUCUGACAACGGGCUGGACAUCGAUCUGACAACCAUGCUAGUGUGGCUGGCCAAGAACCGCUCCAUCAGACACCUGUCACUGGGCAAAAACUUCAGCAACAUCAAAUCCAAAAAUGUGGCUCAGGUCCUGGACACCCUGGUUCAUGUGAUACAAGAGGAGGAAUCGCCGCUAACCUCACUGUCGCUGGCUGAUUCCAAGCUGAAGGACAACCUCUCCAUUGUCCUCAACGCUCUGGGCAGCAACACUUCUCUGACCAAUCUGGACAUCAGUGGAAAUGCCAUGGGAGACAUGGGUGCCAAGAUGCUGGCCAAAGCCCUGCAGAUCAACACCAAACUCAGAACAAUCAUCUGGGACAGAAACAACAUCAGCCCUCAGGGUCUACAGGACGUCGCUGCCGCUCUGGAGAAAAACUACACCAUUCGUUUCAUGCCUGUUCCCAUCAUGGACGCUGCUCAGGCACUGAAGGCAAACCCAGAGAAGACGGAGGACGCCUUACUAAAGAUGGAGCAGUACCUGCUGAGAAACCACGAGACUCGCAAAUACCUCCAGGAGCAGGCAUACAGGCUGCAGCAGGGGAUAGUCACCUCAACCACAAAGCAGAUGAUGGAUACCAUGUGUGUGAAGGUGCAGGACCACCUGAACUCUCUGAGGUUCACAGAGACCAUCUCAGUUCUGGAAGACAUGAAGGUGGCGGAGAACCUGAUGAAGGACGCCAGAAACUCCAAGACGCUGCUCCCCAACCUGUACCACCUGAAGGGCGCGGGGUCCAGCAGCGCUUGUGUUGGAGCUAUUCAGGACAAACUGGAGUCGAUGGCAGGGGAGGUGGCCAGGGUGAUGGACGAGCAGCUGCAGACGACGCUGCUGUCAAUGGUGGACGCUGCCGAGGGACUGUGUCCUCACGUGAUGAAGAGGAGCAGCCUUCGUCAGGAGCUGCUGAAGGCUGGUGCAGGGAGGAUGACUGUUCCCUGCAGCUUCAUCAGCACCACACUGCUGGAACAGUCGGGCGUCGACAUCAUCAACAAGAUCAGUGAAGUGAAACUCAGCAUGGCAUCACUUCUGUCAGAUCGCAUUGUGGAUGAGAUUCUGGAGUCUCUGUCCCAAUCACAGCACACUCUGGCCAACCAUCUGAUCAGGAAGGGUCAGCCUCUGCUGCAUCGCGAGUCUCAGGUGGAAACAGAGGUUCUGGAUGAGCUGGUUCUGCAGCCUGAGAACCAUGAGCGGGAGCACAGAGACGGCCAAGACCAGAAACUGGAGGACAUAGACUCCUGCAUGAUGACUCCUAAAUCCAAGAGAAAGAGUAUUCUGGUCAGGAUGUUGCGGCCUGUCUCUGUGGCAUUCGAGAUGGAGUUUGACUUGGACAAGGCUCUGGAGGAGGUUCCUAUCCAUAUUGAAGACCCCCCCGUUCCUUCUCCUCCUCCUCCUUCACAGCCGUUGGACAGAAUGUCCAGCUACUACGGGGACCUCCCCUCUCCUCCUACUUCACCAGACACAAAGUCUGUCUGCUUUGGUGAGCUGCCGCCUGUGGAGCACAUGACGCUGGAGCAUCACACCAAACUUCGACCAAAACCCAAGAAGAGGACAAAACCCAGCAGAAAACAUCGGGCCUUCACGGGAAACCUGGCACCAGAAGAGACUGAGCAGAGCAGCAUCAUGGGAAAGCUAGACGAGGGUCUGGAUGACUUCUUCUCCAAGAAAGUCAUCAGACUUAGCUUCAAACUUCCCUCUGUCAGAGGUUUGUCCUCCAGCACGCAGGAGUCAACAGAUAAGAAACAUGAAUCCAGAAAGAGCGGCUUCUUUAACCUUAUCAAAUCGAGGACCUCCCGCUCAGAGAAAAGCCACGGAGCCGCCUCCACCACUCCACCUUCAUCUUAUAUUAGCCCAGUGAAUCACGAGACGGCGCCGACAUCCCCGACGCUGCCCAUGACAAACCCUGCAGUCAUGGUGAUGCCCCAUCAGGAGCUCCUCAAGCCUCAUUCCCAGGACCACGUGGAAUCAGAAAUGGAGACCUCACUGACCACUGCUGAGCAGGAGAAGGGGGAGAAGAAGGAGAGUGUGGAGAAGAAGGAGAGCGUGGAGAAGAAGCACAGUCUGGAGAAGAAGGAGAGCGUGGAGAAG